UUCGUCCCUAACCAUUCCUACACACUCUCAAGACGGCAUCUUCUCUAUCACCAACCCCUCACUCAUUUCCCGAGGUUGUGGAUGAUUCUCCGCCUUGGUCUCGCCCAACCGUAAAUCCUCUACUGCCCAACUGCCUCGCCACCCGUCACCCCAUCCACACCUUGAUAUUUUACCCCGAGCAGUGUUGAGCUAGUCAAGAUGGGUCAGAAUCAAUCUGGGAUGGGCGCCGGCCAGGACGGAAAGGAUGACAAGGACAAGAAGGAGAAGCCAAAGUACGAACCCCCUCCUCGUCCCACCACCCGUAUCGGACGCAAGAAGAGAAGGGCCGCCGGGACCUCUGCCGCGGCUAAGCUUCCCGCCGUCUACCCGACGAGCCGAUGCAAACUCCGCCUGCUCCGAAUGCAGCGCAUCCAUGACCACCUUCUUCUUGAAGAGGAAUUUGUCGAGAAUCAGGAACGUUUGAGAAAGGCGAAGGCGGCCAAGGACAGCACCGGGCCCACCACCGACCUCGAUGCGCCCGACCGCAUGGCCGACGAACGCAGCCGCGUUGAUGAUAUGCGUGGUAGCCCUAUGGGUGUUGGUACCCUGGAAGAGAUGAUCGACGACGACCAUGCCAUCGUUUCUAGCACCACCGGCCCCGAGUUCUAUGUUAGUAUCAUGAGCUUUGUCGACAAGGACCUCCUCGAACCCGGAGCUUCCGUGCUGUUGCAUCAUAAGAGCGUCUCCAUUGUCGGUGUGCUCACCGACGACACCGACCCGGCCGUCAAUGUCAUGAAACUCGACAAAGCCCCAACCGAGUCCUACGCCGAUAUUGGUGGGUUGGAGCAGCAGAUCCAGGAGGUGAGAGAGUCGGUUGAGCUACCGCUCUUACACCCGGAGCUAUACGAGGAGAUGGGAAUCAAGCCUCCUAAGGGUGUCAUUCUCUACGGCGCCCCGGGCACUGGCAAGACGUUGUUGGCCAAAGCCGUGGCGAACCAGACCUCGGCUACAUUCUUACGUAUCGUGGGAAGCGAGCUGAUCCAGAAGUAUCUGGGUGACGGCCCUCGACUCGUCCGGCAGCUCUUUCAGGUGGCGGCGGAAAAUGCGCCCUCCAUCGUCUUCAUCGACGAAAUCGAUGCGAUUGGCACGAAGCGUUACGAUUCGACGUCGGGUGGCGAGCGAGAAGUUCAGCGAACAAUGUUGGAGCUGCUCAACCAGCUCGAUGGCUUUGACGACCGCGGCGACGUCAAAGUAAUCAUGGCUACCAACAAGAUCGAGACCCUAGACCCUGCCCUGAUCCGACCCGGGCGCAUCGACAGAAAGAUACUCUUCGAGAACCCCGACCAAAAUACGAAGCGCAAGAUCUUCAACCUGCACACGAGCAAGAUGAGCCUCAACGAAGACGUCGAUCUCGACGAGUUUAUUAGCCAGAAGGAUGACCUCUCAGGGGCCGACAUCAAGGCAAUUUGCUCCGAGGCUGGGUUGAUGGCUCUGCGGGAGCGGCGCAUGCGGGUGCAGAUGGCGGACUUCAGGGCUGCGAGGGAACGAGUGCUUCGCACAAAACAAGAAGGAGAGCCCGAAGGUCUGUACUUGUAGUGCACCACCAGCCGACAUUCCAAGGUGGUCGGCGACGAGGGGGUUAGGGAAGAGACGAAGGUAAUGAAGGCGUGUCACCAGGGUUGCAGCAGAGAAUUACUCAUAGUAGUGGACGAGAGGGGGACCUAGCACCGUCAUCACGACGGCGGCACCUCAUAUCAGUACCAUUGCGUUCUAAC